CAAAAACACUUGAAUUGCUGUUCCGUAUUGCCUACUAAAAACAUUUGUUUGAUUAAGACAAACUUGACUUCCUGUUUGAUUGAAGAGGGAAAAUCAAAUCGUAAUAUUUUAAAAAUAAUCAUGGCUGAAAACACCAGAAAAAGUCCACGUAGGAAAAGCAAAAGACGAUCUAGUUUUGCUGCUUCAAGGAUUAAUAUUCUACAGCAAGGCACAUCUGGGGAAGAAUUGUAUCAAGAAAUAAAUAGUACCAAAUCACCAGAUGAAAGACUGAUUAUGUUAACAAAAGUCUGCUUAGAGUACACUCUUAAAAAGAUGGAAAAUCAAAUGACUGGUUGUAGAGAUUUCAGUGCUUAUAAAAGAGAAGUGGAAGAGGCUGUUCUUAGAAAGAUUGCAGACAUGGAAGUCAAAGGUGUUUUUAAAGAAGCUUCAGAAAAAGAAAGUAUGCUACCAAAUCCCAUCAACUCAGAACUGGACUCUGCUAUAGAAGAAAUGAAGGCAAAAAUAUCAAGGCUGCAAGAAGAAACAAACAAAUGGGAUCAGCUGGUAACAGAAACAGAAAAUAAAGUAUCUGAAUGUGAUCAAUUGUCCAAACAACCACACCUAACAGAGUUAGACAUCUCUGGUACACUGAAAGCACAAAGUGGACAAUAUCUAUGCCACAGAUUAGAUUAUAACAGUUUACUGACAGAUUUAAAUCAAAAAUGUCAAAAGACAUCUUUACUGGUGCAUGAACAUACAAGAGUUGUCAAUAGAUUAGACACAGCCUUUAAACAUGUAUCAUCUGUCAUCAACAAACAAGUUCUACACAUGAAAGAAUCACAACAGCCAAUAGAAACACCAAGACGAGUUAUGCAGUCACUUUUGUCCUUUCCAACACCAAAAUGAUCUGGUUUUUCAUAUAGACAUUUUGCCGCAUUUUGUAUAUUUUAACCUACUUUUAAGAAAGAAAUGUUGAUUAACUUACCAAUACAUGUAAAGUGUACCUGUGUAUUAUUUUAAUAUUGCUCCAACUCUAAAUGUCAUAUAUAUUUGUGUUCAACACUUUAAAGCAAUACAGUGAACAUGUUU